GCUACAGCAGGAACUGAUGACCCUCAUGAUGUCUGGCGACAAAGGAAUUUCUGCCUUCCCUGAAUCAGACAACCUUUACAAAUGGGUGGGGACCAUCCAUGGAGCGGCUGGCACAGUAUACGAAGACCUGAGGUAUAAGCUCUCUCUGGAGUUCCCCAGUGUCUACCCUUACAAUGCACCCACGGUGAGGUUCCUCACACCCUGCUACCACCCCAACGUGGACACCCAGGGUAACUUCUGCCCGGACAUCCUGAAGGACAAGUGGCCUGCCCUGUAUGACUUCAGGACCAUCCUGCUCUCCAUCCAGAGCCUGCUCGGAGAGCCCAACAUUGACAGCCCUUUGAACACACAUGCUGCUGAGCUCUGGAAAAACCCUACAGCCAUUAAGAAGUACCUUCAAGAAACCUACUCAAAGCACGUUUCCAGCCAAGAACCCUGAUUGUCCAGCCUUUCUCCUGUGUUGUCUUUUUAUUUUUUCCUUAGAUGGU